AUGAAGUUUAUCUUCAACAUAGAGUCCUCCUGGGACUGGUCCUGUACAGCAAUGACCCUAAACAGGAGAGGCUGGGUUGUGACCUUUCACCUGAUGAAGGCUUCAGGGAAGAUGUUUAAUAACGGGUCCAUGGAGGUCUCUAAUACAGCCUGCACCCUGGACGACAUGAGGACAGGGCAUGUUCUGAGCGCCGACGGGCGAGCGCCAGGUGGUGGCGGUGGUACAGAAGACUCUGGGUAUCUGUGCGCCAGCGUUGAGUUUCUCAUGGCAGUGGCAGACUUCUUCAUCCAGGCCCUGCCCCAGAGCUCUGCCCAGGACGUGCCCACUAACACCAAGCUAGCCCUGCCAGGCCUGGCCAAGACCUCCCAGCUACCCCUCAAACAGCUGGCCGAGCUUCGGGAUAGAGCCAACACUGACCCCAGAACAGGCUCCAGUCCCAGGACCAAGCUGCGUGCCGUCAUCCUAGACCCAGAGGUGGUGUUUGUGGCGAACCUGGAUGAGAGCCGACGCUCCGGCACUGGUAGCCUCCUUCCAAUGUGA